AUGCCGAUUGUGGCCCUUCCCCCGGCCACUGUUCGGGCAAUUGGCUCAACAUCUGUCAUUUCAGAUGCUUGUUCCCUUGUCAAAGAGCUGCUAGACAAUGCGCUAGACGCAGGCGCGAGCUCUGUGACAAUAGAGAUCUCCCAGAACACGCUGGAUGUAAUUCAGGUCAAAGACAAUGGACAUGGUAUUCCCUCGCAGGACCAUGGAUUCGUUUGCAAACGCACCUUUACCAGCAAGAUCCAAACGGUCGAGGAUCUCAAAAAUAUUGGUGGGAGCUCACUGGGAUUCAGAGGUGAGGCUCUAGCCAGUGCCGCUGAGAUGUCCGGCAGCUUGACUGUCGUCACCAGAACCGAGGCAGAACUAGUUGGGACAGCCGUCAAAUAUGGAAGGGAUGGUGAAAUCGUUAGCAUUAAUCGUGCAUCGCAUCCAGUGGGCACUAGCAUCCGCAUGACGGACUUUCUAAAGCACAUUCCUGUUCGCAAGCAGACAGCCCUCAAAAGCGCCGGCAAAACAUUGACAAAGAUAAAGAAGAUGCUUCAUGUUUAUGCUAUGGCCCAGCCCACCAAAAGGUUGUCUUUCAGGGUUCUCAAAGCCAAGAAUGAAAGCAAUAAUUGGAUGUAUGCACCGGGUCAAAAUGCCACUCUCGUUGAUGCGGCACUGAAGAUUACUGGCAAAGACGUUGCCUCCAAUUGCCUUCUGAAACGAUGGCCUCCAGAAGAGGAUUCUACGGAUAUUCAGCAGAACCAAUUGAUGGAUAUAUCAAACUUUAAGCUUGUGGCCUUCCUGCCCAAAGCUGAUUCUGACAUUUCAAAGGUGUAUAACGGAGGCCAGUACUUCAUCGUCGACGGACGGCCAGUAUCAACUUCCAGAGGGAUUGGACACAAGAUCACGAAAGUUUAUAAAUCCUAUCUCCGCUCGACUUGUUCUAGCAAUGACCAUUCUCCUAAUAUCACCGACCCCUUCAUUUGCCUGCAUAUACAGUGUCCCCAAGGCACGUAUGAUGUCAACAUUGAACCAGCCAAGGACGAUGUAUUGUUCGAAGAUGCCGAUCAAGUACUUUCCUUUGUGGAAGAUUUAUUUCGAGACACUUAUGGCGAAUUGAGUGCUUCUGAGAAAAGUGCCGCUCCAGCCAAAGGCAAAGAAAAAGCACAAAACAGCAACGGAUUCGACCUAUUGAUGGCUCGGAAGGACUCUGUUCAAUCCACCCCACAGCACCGAGAUGUGAACGAUAAUCCUAUUGUAGCGCCGCUUGUCACAACUUAUUCGCAGUUUAAAUCCCCGCUUCCGAGCACUUAUCGCAGGAGGGACUUCCAGAGCUCAUCGCCACCUGGAACAGAACAGACCAUUAAUCAGGCAACUUCGAAAGAUGUGGAAAUUGUGAGCCCAUGGUCCAUGACAAGGCUGAAUGUUCCAAUUCGAACACCGGAAAAAUCCAACUCAGCCGUUGAAAAUAGGAUGCUUUUGCCAAAACAUAAUGCGGCCAAAGAGCAUCCUCGGAGGCACAGGGCUCUAGAUGGUGGACAGCCAAGCAGCCCAGCCUUACCAAGUCCUUCAACCUCAAAUUCAAACUCGGCCUCUCCUACCAACAUUCACCAUUCACAGCCCUUGUUCCAGUUUUCCCAAACAUCACCAACCACCCCAGCACAGAAUGACCCGAAGAGAGCAGCAAGGGAGCGUGACAAGGAGCGAUAUGGCAAUGGAGCUCUCGAUACCUGGUUUGUCAAGACCACUCAGGCUACUCUUGAUCAAAACAAUCCUGGAAAUCAACUUGAGCAGGAUGAGGACGGACCGUCCUUGACCCAGCUAGCACGGGAACGAUUUGGACGAGAACAAUCACUAGAUACAGCAUCAAAUGAUGUCGAAGACCGAUAUCCACAGCGUGAAAGUCCUGAGAACACACCAAACACUUCGAACGUAUCACAAUCGCCGCCCGAAAACAUUACUUCUUCUUUGGGAAGUCGACCUGUAGAAAUCCCAGAACAACGCCGGGAACUUCCAGUGCUUGAAACGUGGGCCGCUAGGCUUCAUAAACAUUCGGAAAAGGGGAUCAACAGUGAUUUAGAGGACGCCCUUGACUUUGAGCGCCGAAAGAAAGAGGCUAUACAGCAGCGGCGUGAGCAAAAGAGGAACCGCCAUGAGAUACCUAGCUCUUCGAACCCCCAUCAAAGUCGAUAUCUCGCAGCACGAGCAGUUUUGAAUUCAGAUUUGAACGAUAGUACAGAGCAACCCCAUUCAAUUUCGGCAGACUCGAUAUCAAGGCCUAGGCUAAACCCGUAUGACCCAAGGGCAUAUCUUAUGCGUCAACAAAGUGACGUUUCGAAAAAUGGCCUAAAGGCUCGACGAACAAACACGAGCAAGCUUCCUCUGGAGAAAAUAUCUGAAGACUGUGACAUUCAUGAUCUUUGUCUGAGGCUACCGGCAAGUGAGCCUCUGCUUUCAAACACCAUGAAGCAUACGUUAAAAGAAGAUUUAUAUACACGGGAUGGAACACAUAUUGAAGCAUUUACUGCGUCAGAUUCGGAUGAUCUUCUCGAAUACUGGAGCCAUCGGCUAUCAAAUUUGACUAAUGAGCAAUAUAGGACCAAAGAUCAAUGUCGAGAACCAAACUUGAACUUUAAUUUUACUGCCGUGAUCGAGCAACAAAAUGGACUAGAGCCUGAAUAA